AUGAGCGACCCGGUGAUGGCGGCGGAUGGGCAUGCUUACGAGCGGACGGCGAUGGAGCGCUGGCUCGCGACCAAGUCGACGAGCCCGAUGACGGGCGAGGCGCUCGAGUACACGGGGCUCUUCCCGCACCACAUGUUGCGCAGGCAGAUCCGAGAGUGGCAAGAGGCGCAUCCGGGACGGCAACCGCGCGCAACGAAGGAGCAGGCGCCUCCCGCCGAAUCUGCCGGCGACCCUCCGCCGAGCGGCUCGUGCGGUGUACUGGGCCCGCAGAGGCUCCGUGGGGUCGAAAAGUCGACGCUGGGAGUCGCACUCGUCAAGCCAUCGCAGCACCACGCGGAGCGGUUUUUGGAGCCGUACGAAGAGGUCCCAGACGGGCGAACAUGCGGUUUUGCGACGACCACACGCGAUGUGGUAUCUGGUUUUUGCUAA